AUGGGCAUGCUAUCUCCGCAAGUUCGCCGUAGCCGAAGGCAAGAGGCAUUAACGCACCAGGCAGAAACGCGGGGAAAGCAAAGUUUUGGCACAAGUGAAUCUCUGGAACGUCUUUUUAGCUUAAAUACAACUACACAACGCAAUAUUCUGUCGAGGUCGCCUCCAUAUUCUAUACUGCAACUUAUUGUCCCGCCUAGUCUGUGCAUCGCUUUAAUGGAGACAGAUCAUAAAAGUAAUAGUAUCCAAUCAGGCCCCUCUUCGACUUUCACAGCGGACAAAUCUGUCACAGAUCUCAAUGUCUCUCUGAAAGAGUUUUUAUCUUCUCAACCGCAGUUCGAUUCUGUCUCUGUCGGCGCUUUGGUAUUCGACGGAAGUGGUGCAGCAAAGCGGAUAUUGCUGGUGCAACGAUCAGAACACGAUUCUAACCCAUCCUACUGGGAGAUACCCGGUGGUAGCUGUGACGAUGCAGAUCAUACGUUGUUACAUUCGCUAUCACGCGAGCUGUGGGAGGAAACCGGGUUGCAUCUGCGACAUAUCAGUCAACUGGUUGGAACGGGACGAGACUCGUCGUUGGGGAGAUCCGUGGUUGACACGGGUGCGUUCUUUCUGUCAAGAAGUGGUCUACGGAUGGUGAAGUAUUCAUUCGUUGUCGAUGUACAGGAGCCCAUACGCAUCAGGUUGGAUCCUAACGAGCACCAGACGUAUCUCUGGGCUAGCAGAGAGGAGUGCGUUGAAGCCAGAGUUGCGGGCAGUUCCAUUAAGUUUAUUAAUCAUCAACAAGAGACGAUUUUAGAGGCAUUCAAGCUUGUGUGUAAUUAG